GACAGAGAACUGAACAGAGGCACUGUAGCCAGGGAAGUUCUUUUUCAACUCUUCUUCCCCUCAGUAAACUCAUAUACACAAUAGUUUCUUGGAGGUCCGCCAUUUUCCUUCAAGGAAGUCAAAUUCCAAAUUUACAGGCCUCUGAAAAGGAAAUCGUCCUGUGCUCCCCCGCUUUACCAACUGAAAGACAAAUUCAUUUCUCACAGAAGAGCAGACCAGAGGAAGACUGCAUGGUAACAGACCAUGAAGGUUCAUCUCACACUGCUGAAAGAAAGAAGCAGCUUGUGACAUCGGUACCACGGCUUUUAAGACUUCCUAGCUGAUAGCCGGCAGGUUCAAGAUGGAAUCAAGAUGGCUCUGUAUGGCUUUGGGUAGAGUGAAGUAGAAAGCAGCAACCCACGGGAGGAAACAAACAAGGAGAAUCCCAGAGGAGAUCCUGAAACACCCAAGACAGUGUGGGAAGAAAGCCCAUCUCUUCCUGCCAGCACUACGCUUAGGAAAGAAAAAGAAAUUGAAUUAACAGUCACUGCUUUCAAAGGCUGGGGCUCCUCACUUCUUCCAGAGUCUGGUGUGUUUGUCUCUCUCUGAGAAAAGAUGGCCAAGGGAAAAGGUCCUAAAGGAAAAAAAAUUACCUUGAAAAUGGCAAAAAAUUCUAUCAGGAUCUCUUUUGAUGGAGGUCGCCGACUUGACUUAAGUAAGAUGGGUAUCACUACCUUUCCCAAGUGCAUUCUAAAACUGGCUGAUGUGGAUGAGCUUGAUUUGAGCAGAAACAUGCUAAAAAAGAUUCCAAACAGCAUUGAGAAGUUCCAGAAACUGCGCUGGCUGGACCUGCACAGCAAUCAGCUCGAAGAGUUGCCCAAGACAGUAGGUACACUUCAGAAUCUUUUCUACCUGAAUAUAUGUAACAACAAGCUGACCACCAAAAAUUUGCCAGAGGAGUUGAACCUUCUUAAGAACCUGCGUAUUCUCAAUCUUGGCUUGAACUGUCUUGACAGUAUCCCCCCCACACUUGGGGCCCUGAAGGAUCUUAAGGAAUUAGGUCUCUUUGACAACUUCUUGACCACCAUCCCAAACAGUGUGAAAAGGCUCCCCAAGCUCCAGAAACUGAAUGCAGAAAGAAACCCUUUCCCCGAGUCAAAAAAGGAAGAGUAUGUUGACCCCAUCAAGCGCAUAGAAUCACUUUACUUAGUACAAGAGAAAGACCUGUGCUCUUCCUGCCUGAAGACCUGUCAGGAAGAAAGGGACAAACUAAACAAGUUUAAGAACACAACGCCCUGCCCUUCCAAGAAGCUCAGUUUCCCUUUACUCCUUACACCCAACUCCACUGCAAUGGAUAACCAAGAACAAUGGAGAUUAAAAGAUGAAGAUGUCUGAAAUCUACAAAUGUGCUCCAUGGACCAUGUCCUUUGAAAAACAGCUCAAGCUAAUUAAAAAGCUAUCCACCUGC